AUGUCUCUUCACACUUCCUACCACGCAGACUCCGAUGCGGACGACGAGUACGAGCGCAGUGUCAUUACAUCGCCUCAUCUGGUCACGGACUCAGAAGGCUCUGCGUCGGAGUCGGAAUUUCCCUCAGCGGAGCCGACUCCGACCUUUGCACAUACAGAAGAGAACCCCAAGUCGCCUAGAACCAUUAUUACAGAAUGGACCGCGGAAGAAUGUGCGAGCUUCGUCGCCUCUCUAGGUCUUCGCCAAUACUGCCCAGCAUUUAUAGAAAACGGGAUUGUUGGCGACGCUCUCAUCGCACUACGACAUGAUGAACUGAAGGAAAUGGGAAUUGCUAGUGUGGGACAUCGAUUGACGAUUCUCAAAAGUGUAUAUGAGACGAAAGUGAAGCAAGACAUUCCCCUGGAUGCAGACCACUACAUCCCUCUUUCCGCGGACCAAAGCAUGAACGAAAGCGCAACCCAAGAAGACAUUGCCCGUCUAAUUCAAUCAAUACGACUUCGAGACGAAAGAAUAGUUACCGUGGAGGCUGAGUUACGGCGGGUUGCUGAAGACUACCGACGACUAAGGGAGGAGCUUCUGCCCGUGUUCAAGAUGGCAAAGGAUAGAUCCCAACCACUUCCGCCGCCAACUGCUGUGCCGACCUCGGACAACUACCACGACAGCACACUCUCGGGCCAAACACUUACAGGCCAAUCGUCGUCUGGUAUUACCAUACUUGAUCGCUCUGGCUCCAUCAUUUCCCGAACAUUUUCCAAGCGUGUGCAUGGAGGGACUACGCCGAAGAACAGUUCUCCGACCCACGUCCCACCUUCGAUACACGAAAGCCGCACGUACAAUGAUGGUUCGAACCUUGACCCGUCCGCCGCCGCAGUUGCUGCGUCAUCGCAUCUGAGCACCAUGAAUGGAAAAACACAGCUGUCACCGAAUCUACCCUCCCCAACAUCACCCGGAAAUCACUAUGGCGCUCCGCAGACACUAGCAUCGCGAGCCUACAAUCAACCCAGUUCCAAUCGCACACACCACGACCAUCACGAAGAUACCCUACAACCACAAAGCAGACCGGACCGGUUAGCUCCGACCCCAUCGUCGGCGUCGCGACCCGACAUUCCAUCCCGGUCUGAUUCUAGAGCCGGUGGCGAGACGCCAAGUGUGGAGAUAUUCAAAUCCUUUCGCGUUUCCGUCGAUGAUCCAUGUUACAAGGUGCUGCCGGCCGCCCUCAAGAAGUACAACAUCAACGGUGACUGGAAGCAAUAUGCACUUUACAUUGUAUACGGCGAUCAGGAACGGUGCCUCGGGCUAGAUGAACGACCACUCAUUCUCUUCAAGCAACUAGAAAAGGAAGGACGAAAGCCAAUGUUCAUGCUGCGGAAGCAACAGCAUGCUUUGGACAACCCCAAUGCGUACCCACCCGGUUCUAGCGGCGGUCCUGGUGGCCCCGGCGGUGGUGGUGGGGUUGGAUCAACCCCAAACAGCGCCGGCUUCGAGGCUCGCCAAGCGCAGAUCAACCUUCCCGGCGGCGUAUUAUGA